GCCUAUAGGGAGAAAUUCGAGUUCCAAGGAGGUAAUAUUGAAUUUAUGUUUGGUAUUUACGGUACCUUAGAAUACACUAAUACAUAAAUAUGUUAAAGAUGUUUCUUUCGGUAUGUCAUCUUUUGCUUCUCAUCUGUUGCAUUUCAUCUGGUUUUGCAGAAGAACAAUGGUUCGAACAAACUCUUGAUCAUUUUGAUCAUGAGAAUCACAGAACGUGGAGCCAGAGGUAUUUUGUAUCAGAUAAAUACUAUACACCAGGUGGACCUGCUUUUUUACAAAUUGGGGGAGAAGGACCCGCAGGUCCAGUAUGGUUGGAUCAAGGACAUUGGAUUGAAAUUGCAAAGGAAGUUGGUGCUAAGUGUUUUAUUUUAGAACAUAGAUUUUAUGGGGAAAGUCAUCCUACUAAUGACACAUCUGUUGAGAAUCUUCAAUUUUUAUCAAGUGAACAAGCCCUCGCUGACAUAGCAAGAUUUAUCACAAAUAAAACUGUAACAUCAGGCUUGAAGACUUGGAUAACAUUCGGUGGAUCUUAUCCUGGAUCACUUUCAUUGUGGAUGAAACUUAAAUAUCCACAUUUAAUUAAAGGAGCAAUGUCUGCAAGUGCACCUCUGCUUGCAAAGAUGGAUUUUUUUGAAUAUAAUGAAGUAGUUAACAGGUCUCUCAGUAAGUUUGGCUCACCAAAAUGCGUUGAAAAUAUCGCUAUAGCAACAAAAGCUGUUGACACAAUGUUACAGAGUGACACAGGUCGUCAACAACUGAUGAAAUUAUUCAAUCUCUGCUCCCCGUUGUCAGCAGACGAUUACGAAUAUUUUCAGAAUGCAGUUGCAGAUUCGAUUGCUGAAACUGUGCAAUAUAACAGAGAUAAUCGUGCAUUUGAAGGUGCUACAGAUGGGAAUGUGACUAUAUCUGUAUUGUGUGAUCAUAUGACUGAUCAAUCAUUGGGAAGUGAGAUUGAUCGUUAUGCAACAAUCCCUUCCUUAUUUGGGAAUGCUGUCGACAGGAAGAGAGUGUUUUCCAGAAGAUAUAGAACAUACGGCAAUGAAAUGGAUAAAUGUUUUGAUGCAAGUUACGCAAAUUUUAUUCAAUCUAUGAAAACACCUACGUUUGAUGCAGGAAGAACUUGGACUUUUCAGACAUGCACGGAAUUUGGAUGGUUUCAAUCUACAGACAGUUCUAAGCAACCAUUCCGUGGAUUUCCUGUUGGUUUGUUCACUGACAUAUGCAUCAAAGUAUUUGGAUCAUCCUUCAACCCUACAAACAUCCAAAACAGCAUUAUGGAAACCAAUGCAAAUUAUGGGGCAAGGGAUGUAGCAAGCCAAAUUACAAAUGCAGUUCUUUUUAAUGGCGGGGUUGAUCCAUGGCAUGCAAUGUCAUACACCACACCAACAGAUUCUUCUCCUUACAGAAAAAUAGUUGCCAGAUUUAAUAAGGCAAAUUACACGAAUCAUAGCCCGACCUUUCACACUCUUUUUGUACCUAGUUCAGCUCAUUGUGCUAUUAUGUAUCCUGAUAAACCAGAGGAUCCUCCUGAACUUCGUUAUGCUCGAGCACAGGCGUCAAAAUAUGUAAAAUCAUGGCUUAAAUGACACUCUGGUAGUGAUGUCACUAGACUUCGAGUAAAAGUUUAAACAAAUUUCCAUCAGUGGCUUGUUUUUACCUCUUUACAAAAUUGUGGCAUCCUAUUUAACUGCUCUAUGGUAUCUGACUUUUGCUACUAAUACUUAACAAUUUAUUAUUUUAUCAAGUGCAAUCAUUAGAUUUGUCACAUUAUAUUGCCUUCGUACACUACAUUCUGCUUUAUGAAUAAACUUUAUAGUCUG